ACGGAACAGGUUUAGGCCACACUAAAUGAUCUUAACCUGUUCCAAAGUCCAACAGUUUGUCAGAUAGUCUGUCACUAUUUUAAAGCUUUGAACCUGAAAGGAUUUCCCUUCACAUCAGGAUGUGGUUUCAGUUUAAAAUGUUGAUUGCCCUGCUGGCUGUCACAACAAUUGGGGUGUUUUUGACGGCAAGUUAUACAGGCUGGGCUGAGCUUAAAAUGCCAAACUCGUGUCGGUGUGAGAAAUGUUUUUCAAAAGAAAACGUGUUCCUUAAUCAACACCUGAACCGCUCCAUUGAACCGUUUCUGUCGGCAACGACCAUCCUCUCUGGAGACGAAUACGACUGGUGGCGGCGCUUACAGAGCAACAGACAGAACUUCAGCUACUUUAAAGCAACACUUGACAAACUGUUCAAGAUAAUCUCGCCCAGUCCUGUUCUUGAAAAACCCCAAACUGAGGGAUGCAGGACUUGUGCAGUUGUUGGAAAUUCUGUGAACUUGAAAGGGUCGCGUUACGGACCCUUGAUAGAUUUCCAAGAUAUCGUUAUAAGAAUCAACCGCGCUCCAACCAAAGGCUUUGAGGAAGACGUGGGGGCGAGAACAACUCAUCGUGUCAUGUAUCCAGAGAGUGGCUCGACUUUAGAUAACUCUACUCAUCUCAUAAUGUUUCUUUUCAAGAUAAGAGACCUGGAGUGGCUCCUCAGGUCCUUCCCAACAGGAACUUCUGGAAAGCGAGUAAAAUCCAGAGCUAACAAAAAUUUGGUGAUGGUGCUGAAUCCAGCUUUUAUGAAGUAUGUUCAUCAGACGUGGCUGGGGAAGAAAGGAAGAUACCCGUCCACUGGCUUUAUGACCUUGAUUUCCGCACUUCACAUUUGUGAUGAGGUUCAUGUGUUUGGUUUUGGAGCUGACAGCAACGGAAGCUGGAGCCAUUACUGGCAAUCAGCGAAAAGCAAAAAGUUUAAAACUGGACCUCAUCCCGGAAAACAGGAGUAUGCAGCGAUAAACAAGUUGGCAGAUGAAAACACAAUCUACUUUUAUAUAGGAAAUUGAUUUAUUUCCAGAAAUGUGAAGCUUAGUUUUUAUUUUUAUUUUAGUCAUCUCCCAAAAAGUUAGAAAAACAUAGAAGCAGUGAAUAAACUAGAUCUUAAUCCUCACACUUUAAGGUCUAAGUUUCAGUUUUAAAGGAAAUAGAAUACAAACACUUUGCAACUGCUGUGAAAGUGGCAAUGAUCGAAACACACAAUUUUAUCGGCAUAAUAUUGCAUGCCAGGUAUGUGCUACCCUUCAACGGUAGCUUUUUUAUUCUUAUUAUUUUUCACAUCAGCUAGCCUGUGGCUACAGAUGCUUGUUCUGAAAUAACUAUUGUACUAUUGAAUUUAUCCUUAUUUUUGACUGGAGUGGAUAUGUCUUCUCUCUCUCUCUCGACAUUUUUAUUUAUUAUUUAUCAAGUCAUUGUGGCAUAUGGAAUGUAUACUAUUUAAACGGAGUGGGAUAUUUAUACAUUUUUUUAUUUUCAGGGAUUUUUAAUGUUAAGCUGGAAGUGGACAUAUCAUCCUCUUAAAUCCCUCCUUUUCACACGUAAACCAUUCACCUAUGGUCUGUAUGAAGCAGAACUGCAAUGCUUUGGUCUGAAUUCCUGGUUGUCUUAUUUCCACAGACCUCUCGUUUACCUCUGAGGCACGUUUUGGAGUGACUCGUUUUGGAGCGACUCGUUUUAGGGUGACUCGUUUUGGAGCGACUCGUUUUGGAGCGACUCGUUUUAGGGCGACUCGUUUUGGAGCGACUCGUUUUGGAGCGACUCGUUUUAGGGCGACUCGUUUUGGAGCGACUCGUUUUGGAGCGACUCGUUUUAGGGCGACUCGUUUUGGAGCGACUCGUUUUGGAGCGACUCGUUUUAGGGCGACUCGUUUUAGGGCGACUCGUUUUGGAGCGACUCGUUUUGGAGCGACUCGUUUUAGGGCGACUCGUUUUAGGGCGACUCGUUUUAGGGCGACUCGUUUUGGGGCGACUCGUUUUAGGGCGACUCGUUUUAGGGCGACUCGUUUUGGAGCGACUCGUUUUGGGGCGACUCGUUUUAGGGCGACUCGUUUUGGAGCGACUCGUUUUAGGGCGACUCGUUUUAGAGCGACUCGUUUUGGGGCGACUCGUUUUGGGGCGACUCGUUUUAGAGCGACUCAUUUUGGAGCGACUCGUUUUGGAGCGACUCGUUUUGGAGCGACUCGUAUUGGAGUUGUUCCUGUUCGGCCAUUUUUGUAGUUUGAUAGCAGUGAUACCAGUUAUCUACUGACAGAGAAACUUUUCAUUCCCAAGUUUAUUAAAGAUGUCAACAACAGAAGACUUGUCCAUCCAGCCUUACAUGUUGGAGCCAGAGUCAGACCCAGAGCAGGAGAUUGAAGACGCACAACCUGCAGAUCCACGUAUUCAAAGGAAUUCAUCUUUACAGUAAAAACACCAUCCAUUCUCCAUCCAUACCAACCACCUACAAAAGGGAGUGUAAUUUAACUACAGUGUCCAUGCAUGUCAGAUUACCUAUCAAAAUAUUAAUAGCACCACAAUAUGAUGCAAGGGGAUGAUGUAAGGAAUCGUGUUAGUUAACACACGCUAGACCUGAACAUUUUGACUUGUUUACUUGCAACUUCAGCAUAACUGAGCUUGGACUACAAAAUCGCUGAGAGGGAAAAAAUGGCGGAUAAGCCAGAAGUCGUGACCUUGUGUUGCAGUUCCACAGCAAAUGCAGUGACAACACAAACAAGAAACCAUAAUGACAGAUAGAGAAAAAUGAACAGCCUGAAAAAUAUAACCCAAAAAGAAUUUAAAGAUAUCCACGCAGCACCGGGAGAGAAUGAAUUAAAAUUUUUUGCCCUCCUAAACAGAGUACACAAUAAAACAUAUUUAAAGGCUAAAAAAGUGGGUUUUGCAUGAUAUGUCCACUUUAAGACUAAAUGGUGACGCUGCUUAGUGGUUUACAGCUGAUAAUAAACUAGUACAACACUGGUGUGCUUUGGAGUAUUAUCCAGCUGCAUGAUCCAAGAGUUGUUGGUCUUAAAGCUGCAGUAUGUAGUUUUCACAAACAUGUGCUUUUUCAUAUUUGUUAAAACAUUCGUGACUGAAUGGCAUGAGACAGAUCGUCUGUGGGGGGGAAAACAUUGAGCUCCUCCAGCACCUCCUAAUUCGACUUCUGCCGUCUGAAGAAAUGCAUUGCUCCCGGUCAAAAACAACCAAUCAGAGCCAGGAGGCGGGUCUUAGCGUUGUCAGUCAACCUCCUGUGUGCUGCUCAAUGUGUUAAAAACUUCUUACAGUUGAAAGAAAACCGUAACUAGCCUUGGUGUUUGUGGCAAGCUAUGUAGUGGUGAGCCAACCGUAGCUUAGCAAAGAGGGAGAGGGGUGGCAUGGGCACGAGAGUGAUUGACAGUGCUAAAACCCUCCUCCUGCCUCUGAUUGGUUGUUUCUGACUGAGUAGUACAGGAGCACUGGGAGAAGGCGAAGGAACUCAAUUUUUUCACAGAUUAUCUGUAUUAUACUGUCUUUUUCUGAAUCAUGAAUGCUGAUCUUAACUAAUUUCAAAGGUCCUUGGUUCUUCUGUUACCUCCUGAAUGAUUUGUUAAUGUUCGCAUGGAUUACUUUUGGCAGGCUGACCUCUCCUGAGAGGUGGUCAGCCUUCACUAUUCCAUGUUUUCUUCAUUUGUGGAUAGUGGAAUCUCUGGGGCAGCGUGUUGUCUUCAUCUAGUGUGAUGUCUUACACUUUGAGAAGCUCUAGCAUGUUUCAUUCCAAAGAUACCAAGCCUGGCUGUCGCUAGCAAAACCAAACUCAGCAUUCAGAGAAACGAUGCAGUUAAUCACAGGUCAUUCAUCGUUUCACAAGUGUGAAAUUAUUUCUUCACAUAUCGGGUUAGGAAAAACAUUGCCCUUUUUUACAUUAUGUGUGGACCCUUUCAACAAAUUAGAAUAUUAUUGAAAAGUCAGUUUAAUUCAGGAACUUUCACCAAGAAAUUACACACAGAGGGAUGUUUGAAAGCCUUUAUUUUUGUUAAUUAUGAUUUUUUUCUUCUUACACUUAAUGAAAA